AUGGCGCCCGACAGGGGAUCCUCCUCCCCUUCUCCCUCGACUAGUCAUAUCGCGCGCUCUGACUCUCACCUCUCCCGCUCCCGGUUACGCUCCUCCCAAUAUGGCUCAACCCCCCACCUCCGCCGCACCCGCUCUUCCGCCGCCGCCUCCCUCGCCGCCCGCAGCACCGCGCCGCAGAACUUCACAUUACGCGCCCUCCUCGUCGGUCUCGGAAUCGGCGUGAUCAUCUGCUUCAGCAACACCUACUUCGGCCUACAGACCGGCUGGGUGUCCAGCAUGGCGAUGCCGUCGGCGCUGAUCGGCUUCGCGUUCUUCCGUAGCAUCCAGAAGGCGCUGCCGGUGGAGCUACCGUUUACGCCGGUGGAGAACGUGCUGGUGCAGACGGUCGCGGGGAGCGUGGGGACGAUGCCACUGGGGUGCGGGUUCGUGGGGGUGAUGCCUGCAUUGAAUUUCUUGCUGAAAGACGAGGAGGGCGGACCGUUGCGGUUGGGGCUGUGGAAGCUGAUCGUGUGGGCGGUGGGGAUUUGUUUUUUUGGGGUGGUGUUCGCGGUGCCGUUGAGGCGGCAGGUGAUUAUUCGGGAGAAGUUGAAGUUUCCGAGUGGGACGGCGACGGCGCAUAUGAUUGCGCUGCUCCAUGGGAAGAGUGAGGAGAAGGCAAUUAUCGAGCAGGAGGGGCGGAAAACAGAUGCAGAUGAGGAAGAGACGGAGCAGCUGGUCCUAUCGGAGUCGCAUGGGAGAGAUUCGCUGGAAGAAGCAGAAGAAGAGAGCGAUCUUGAGGCGGAUGAUAGCCGACGAGACGACUGGAAAGCCAAGAUCAAUCUUCUCGUCGUGUCAUUCGGUAUAUCUGCUCUCUAUACAGUCAUCUCCUACUUCAUCCCUCGACUCCGCGAUAUCCCUAUCUUCGGGACGUAUCUGGAGUCUCAAUGGCUUUGGACGCUUAAUCCCUCUCCUGCAUAUAUUGGACAGGGCAUCAUCAUGGGUCCGGAAACAACCAUACAUAUGCUGCUAGGGGCAAUCCUCGGCUGGGGGAUCUUGUCCCCUUUAGCUAAAGCCAAGAACUGGGCACCUGGUCCGGUCAGAGAUUGGGAACGCGGAAGUAAAGGCUGGAUCGUGUGGAUCAGUCUUGCAAUAAUGCUGGCUGACUCACUGGUCAGCCUCGCUUGGCUGAUCCUCCAACCAGUCGUGCACUUCUUCCAGGCCUAUCUCUCCGACCUUCGGGCCCGCAACCCCGAGAUCACCUGGUCCGACAUCCUUCUCCUCCGCUUCUCCUCCGCAAAAGGCUACACCGCUCUCCCCUCCACCACCGACAUCACCACGAAACUCGCCUCCCACUACUCGCCCCCCGAAGCUGACGCCCCUCCCUCCGCCCUUAUCUCCACCCGCGUCACCCUCAUCUCUCUCUUCUUCAGCCUCCUCGUCUGCAUCCUUGCCAUCCACUACUCCUUCCCCGGCCUCAUUCCCUUCCGCCUCACCAUCCUCUCCCUUGUCCUCGCCCUCCUCCUCUCCGUCAUGGGCGUCCGCGCCCUAGGAGAAACGGACCUGAACCCCGUCUCCGGCAUCUCGAAGCUCACGCAGCUGCUCAUCGCCCUUGCCGUCCCUUCCGGCUCCAAGAACGCCAUCAUGAUCAACCUGGUCGCCGGUGCCGUGUCCGAGUCCGGCGCAUUGCAGGCGGGCGACUUGAUGCAGGAUUUGAAGACCGGGCACUUGUUGGGGGCGGCGCCGAAGGCGCAGUUCUGGGGCCAGAUUAUUGGGAGCGGGGUCGGUGCGGUUGUGUCGGCGCUGGUGUAUCGGUUGUAUGUAUCGGUGUAUGAUGUGCCUGGAGGGCUGUUCGAAGUGCCAACUGCGUAUGUGUGGGUGUUCACGGCGCGGUUGGUCACGGGGAAGGGGUUGCCGGAGAUGGUGCCAGAGUGGGCAGUGGGUGCUGGUGUACUCUGGGCUGUAGCAACGGUUGUGAGGAUGUGGGGGAGGACAAGGAAAGACGGCAGAGGAUGGACGACUUGGGUGCCGGGUGGGAUUGCCGUGGCUGUUGGCAUGUAUAAUACCCCGUCUUUUACUCUUGCGCGGACUAUUGGCGGUCUUGUUGAUUGGUAUUGGAGGAGCUAUCUCAAACGAGAAGACUCGCCGGUCAUUGUCUUGGCUAGUGGGCUCAUUCUUGGAGAAGGCUUGUUCAGCAUCGUCAACUUGAUACUAGCGAGUGCAAAGGUUCCGCAUCUUUAG